CCCUUCCGUUUGAUCUCGGAGUGGUGUGGUAGAGUGCAUUAGUUUUCUUCUACAACUCACCACGUUAAGACUAACAAAAAGAGUGUGCUGAUAUUUAUCUUCCACCUAAAUUUUAUUUAUUUACAACGAUCACCACCGUGAACAAUUUUUGCCAACUGGUUUUUGAUAUUGAUUGCUCUUGAAAUUAAAAAAACUUUUAAAACUUUACAAAAAAUAUAUAUAAAAGCACAUAUUCAAUCUGGUUAGAUACAAAAACAUAUAUAUAAAAAAAAAAACAAAAAAUUGACAAAACAAAAAUAGUCGCGAAUCAGACUCUCGUGAUCGUAGGUGAUCGUAGGAAUAUAAGGUGAAGUGUGUAAAUUUGCGAACUUUUUCUAUAUGUCACAAAAACAAAAAUUCAGCGCCAGAUCAUGAUUUCCAGAACAAAUAUAGAAUUUGAGCAGCUUCGAUACGGAGUGAAGCAGGAGGUUUUCGGUAAAUCCGAAAAAUUAAUCUUGAACAACAUCAACGGCGAAUUUCGAAGCUUCGAACUAUCAGCUGUUCUCGGCGCAAGUGGAAGUGGAAAAACUUCGCUUUUAAAGAUUUUAUCAGGAUUUAUGAAAAAAAAUGUUUCUGGAUCAAUUAAAAUUAAUGGCGAUGAUCGUAGUGAUUUUAUUAAAAAGAAUUCAACAUUUAUUAUGCAAGAAGAACAUCUCCAUGGCUUAUUAACAGUUCACGAAGCAAUGAAUUUUGCAUUUAAAUUGAAAACUGGAAACAUGCUGUCAAAUCAGGAACGCGAUGAAAAAAUUGUUUCUAUUUUAAAAACGCUUGGACUGUCAGAAAACUUGAAUAAUUAUUCAGGUGAUCUGAGUGGUGGAGAACAAAAGCGACUAUCUAUAGCAUUGGAACUUGUCGAUGACCCCUCGAUACUUUUUCUAGAUGAACCAACAACCGGAUUAGAUUCAUCGUCUUCCACUCAAUGUAUUAAGCUUUUAAAAAAACUGGCUCUAGAAGGAAAAAUAAUCAUUUGCACAAUUCACACACCAUCAGCACUUCUCUUUGAAAUGUUUGAUCACAUUUAUGCGCUUGCCGAUGGCUGUUGCAUCUAUCAAGGGUCAAGCAAAAAUCUUGUGCCAUUUUUAAAGGAACUUGACCUAAUCUGCCCCCCAACCUUCAAUCCAUCUGAUUUUCUUUUAGAAAUUGCAACAAACUCGUACGGGUAUCAGAAUCAACGACUUGUGGACAAGAUCAUGAACGGGUCAGUUGAAUCUUAUCGCGAUAUUCUGAUCAACAAUAAUAAUAACAAUAAUGAUAAGUAUAACAAUAAUGAUGCAGUUAAUGAGAAAGGUCAUAAAUCGUUGAAUGACAUUCGUCGGUAUCAUCAUUAUUCGCCUUCAUUCGUCACACAACUGACUCAACUUUUAUUGCGAAAUGGAAUGUUUUUGAUGCGUGACAAAAUGUUUUUGUGGAUACGAGUGAUGGUUCAUCUUAUCGUAGGUCUAAUGAUAGGUUUCAUAUAUUAUAACAUUGGACAUGAAGCGACUGAGAUAUUGAACAUCUUUCGAUUCGUUCCAAUCGCUGUUGGGUUUUUAUCGUACGCAGGCUUCUAUUCGCUUAUGGUUCGAUUUCCCUUGGACUUGCCGAUCACAAAGAGGGAAUGCUUUAAUCGAUGGUAUUCUAGUGGUUCUUAUUAUCUCGCACUCAUAAUCUCAGAUAUUCCAAUUAUCAUCACUUGUUGUACUUUCUACACAAUCAUCAUUUUCUACUUCACCGACCAACCAAUGGAAUCUUUCCGUCUUAUUAACGUGAUUUUUAUAGGAAUUCUAACAAGCUUUACAGCGCAAUCAUAUGGAUUGCUCAUUGGAUCGUUGUUCGAUGUUAAGAUAGCGCUUGUAGUUGCAGGCUUUUUGAUGGCAUUUCAUGUUCUUUUUGGUGGAUUCUUUAUUCUCAUGAAAGAUGUGUCAUCAGGAUUUUACUGGUUGUUUGAGACAACUUACAUCAAGCAUUCACUUGACGGAUUCGCUUCACUUAUACUUGGAUUUAAUAGAAAAAAACUUCAUUGUAGUGACAUUUAUUGUCACUUUGAAGAUCCGAAUAAGUUUAUGAAGUUUAUUGGACUUGAAGAAAAUUUAACGAAGAUUAAGAAAUUAAACAUUAAAUGUAUGAAUGAGAAAUUAACUAUCGAGUUUGAAGAGUUACGUUAUAGUGUCAAGACAGUGUUUUACGACAUUUUCGGACUAAAUAAGAAAGAAAUUCUAAAAGGAAUUAAUGGAGAGUUUAGAGGUUGUGAGUUAUCAGCAAUUAUGGGCCCGAGUGGAUGUGGCAAGAGUACUUUGCUUAAUGUUCUCUCAGGCUACUCAACAUCAAAUGUGCGCGGGUCAAUACGGGUCAACGGAAAGCCUCGUGACUUUAAUUUAUUUAGAAAGCAAUCGUCAUACAUUAUGCAAGAACAAAAUCUGCAUGCACUUUUGACAUUACGUGAAACAAUGUUGUUCUCCAUUCGACUUAAAACGGGAAACUCAUUAAAAAAAGAACAACGUGAAAAGAAAGUGUUGAUGAUAUUAGAGAAUCUCGGGCUUGAUAACGAAAUCGAUACAUUUGUCAAAGAUUUAAGUGGCGGUCAACAAAAGCGACUUGCAAUAGCUUUGGAGCUUGUCGAUGAUCCAUCAAUUUUGUUUAUAGAUGAACCAACAACAGGUUUAGAUUCAUCUUCGUCAACACAAUGUGUGAAGCUUCUUCAAAAAUUGGCACAUGAAGGGAAGACAAUCAUUUGUACAAUUCAUACACCUUCUGCAUUGCUUCUUCAAAUGUUUGACAAUCUCUACACGUUAGCUGACGGCGUUUGCAUCUACCAAGGUGCUAGCAAAAACAUUGUUCCAUUUCUACACGAAUUAGAUAUAAUCUGCCCGGAGACAUUCAAUCCAGCUGAUUUUCUUCUCGAAAUCGCUAAUAAUGAUUAUGGAGAACAAAACUAUCUUUUGCAAGCUAAAAUUAAAAAUGGACUAAAUAACGAAUACAGAAAAAAAUCUGAAUCAAUCAUCAUCGAAAGUAAUUGUGAGCUAUCAUCAUAUCAAAGAUCUGCUUCUUCAUCAUCAUCUUUUAUUGAUCAAGUUAUUCAACUAACAGCUCGAAAUACGCUUUUUAAUAUACGCGAUAAAAGUUACAUGCUUAUGAGACUUGUCGUUUAUCUAUUCGUGGGAUUUCUUGUUGGCAUCAUGUACUACAACAUUGGAAACGAUGCAAAACAAAUGAUCAACAUUUAUAAAUCGAUAUUCAUAUUAGUUGCAUUUUUAAUGUACACGUCACUGUAUUCACUGGCUGUUCGAUUUCCAUUAGAUUUACCGAUCAUUCAACGUGAACAUUUCAAUCGAUGGUACUCUACAGCUGCACAUUACAUCGCCUUGAACUUAGCCGAUGUUCCAAUAGUAAUAAUUUGUUCGAUCAUGUUUACUGUAGUCGCUUAUACGAUGACAAAUCAUCCGUUGGAAGACUUUAGACUUGGAACAGUUUUAGCAAUUGGUCUCGCUUUAAGUUUUACGUCGCAAGCAUACGGAAUAUUUGCGGGAUCAUUUGUUGAAAUCAAGUUGUCGCUGUUAUUUGCUGCUUUACUUAUGCUCUAUCAAAUCAUUUUCGCUGGUGGACUUGUGUUCAUGAAAGAUGUAAAUCCAUAUUGGCAUUGGAUGUUCGAAAUAUCUUUUAUGAAACACGCAUUAGAUGGCUAUGGCUCGUUAAUAUUGGGAUUCAACAGAACAAAACUCGAAUGUGAAGAACUUUAUUGUCACUUUAUAUCAACAAAAAAGUUCAUGACAAUGAUUGAUAUGAGAGAAGAUAUUCCAAAAGUAUUUCACUCACUUGGCAUUAUUUGGGCGGUUUUUCACUUUGCAGCAUAUUGCGUCAUGAGGUUUCGGUUGAAUCACUAAGUUUAUCAAUUUUUUACGUUUUGUUUUUCAUGUGAUAUAUUAAAUAUUUAUUUUUAUACUUCUGGUGAUGUACAAUGAUAAGAUUUUAUUUUUUAUAUUUUAAAUGUAAUAAAUAAAUGUUAAAUUGAAGCAUUAAAAUGCAUAGUGGUCAUGUGAAUCUGAGAUCUUAUCAAGUUUUUUCAUAAAACUCAGAAAAUCUUUUUCAGCUUUUUUCGCGUCAUCAUUAAACUUUUUGAAACUUU